UUUCACGAUUAUAAUUUUUUUUUUUUUUAAUAUUUUUAACAAUCUUAUUGCUUUGUAGUUUAAAAUAAAAAUGCAAUACGUAGGUAAAAAUACUGUUGUAUCUACUAAAUUUCUAGAAAUUAGCACUCAGAUUUUCCUGCAACCAGUGAGGUACACACGUAAGCCACGAUGGUUGCCAAAAGCCCCUAGCAAAAUGUUUAGAGUACCAAUAAGACCUCAAAUUUCCGUUGAGGAAAGAAAUGAAUUGUUUCAUCUGUUUACCAACUAUAGAACAUGUAUGAAAGCAAUUUAUAAGCAAAUGGAAGAAGAGUUAGAAAAGUCAUCUACGGGUGAAGAAGUUUUGAACGAAAUCAUACAAAAAGAAGAAAAAGAAUGGCAACAAUGUUUAGCUAUUAAUAAUGAUUGGAAUGCAGAAGUUGCAUCAGAUAGAGAUGAAAGAAUCGCUAAAGAAAAAGAGAUUGAACGCCAAACAAUUUUAGAAAAUUUAAUUAAUAGUGAAGAAGAGAAACGAAAGAUGAUGGAAAUGAUCGAAGAACAAGUUAGAAUAGAAAAGGAAAAGUCGCGUUAUUAUAUUACAGAAGAAAAUAUCGAUGAAGCUAUAGAAAAUGCUUUAAAUAACAUUGUAAGUUAUAAUUAUGCAAUUGAUUUAAAUGGUACAAAAUUUGAUGGGGAAAAUAAAUCAAAAGAAGCUGACAAUGAAUCACCUAAAUUAACAGUUGAAAGUAUAAAUUAAAUCAUUAAUUAUUUUUGUAAAAGUACUGUAAGAAAAUAACCUAGUAAAAGUUGUAUAAAAUUGAAAAAAAAUAAACAAGAAAAUAUGUGUGUAUUAUAAAAAAA